CAGAAAUGUAGUUCUGAACUAGUGGAGGCAGGAGAGCCUCCUCUUCGCCAAUCUAAAUUUAUUUUGCCUUUUUAUCAUGGCGAGUCGGUGGCAAACUUCAGCUUAUAACAAUAGACGUAAAGGCUGGAGAGGAUCUCUUUUCGAAAAAACGGCUAAUGAGAAUGCCGCACAAACUGGAUCGUGUGGACGACACCACCUGUCGGAAAGUGAAGAAAUCAACCAGUACCGUACCAACAUCAGGCGCUCAAUUCAGACCGCCUGCCUUACAUAUCCUCGUCCAAUCUCUCCACGUGCUGCAGGCUCCCCUACAGUCACGUGGUCUCAACCACCAGUGGUAGAUAACACAACGAGGCGGAAUGCAUUUGAGUUUACAAGACCAUCAAGGAUUUACCGGCUUAGUAAAUCGCUGCUUCUUGUAGGGGAAGAUUCUGAGGAAAUGUUUAAAUUGAGGAGACGUUCGCACCUGCUGUUCGAUGAACUGGAACGAGAGCGGCAAGGAAAUGCCCAGUUGAGAAGACAAGUAGAGAGAUUGCGCGAUCAUCAGGGGCGAGUAAUUUCUCUUGUGAAUGAAAUCGACGGCGUGCGGAGGGAAAACGAGUCCUUGGCGCAAGAAAUUCGCGUCAGAAAGGAAGCACGUACGGCACAUGCUGCUCAAAUUGGAUCAAGAUUUUAG